GCGCGGCCCCUUAAAGGGCCCCCGCUCGCCGCGCCGAGCUCCCGCCGCGCAGCCCCGUCCGUCCCGGGGUCCGUCCGUCCGUCCGUCCGUCCCGCGGUCCGUCCGUCCGUCCGUCCGUCCGAGCGAUGAGGAGGCUCGUCCUCCUGCUUUACGCCGGCGUCACCUGUUGCAUCGCGGCGCGGGGAGGAGGAGGAGAUGCCACCGGCACGGAGCUGCUGGAGGACACGCAAGACCGUGGGCUGAAGCUGAAGCCACAGGUGAAGUUCAACCUCCGCUCCUGGGCGGACGCCGAAGAGGAUGGUUGCGCGUUCGCCACGGGCCAGCGCGAGCGGCUGGAGGAAUGCAGGUUCAACGCCACGGCGAAAACCUUCUUCAUCAUUCACGGCUGGACGAUGAGUGGCAUGUUCGAGACGUGGCUGGGCAGCUUGGUGGCGGCGCUGCAGGAGAGGGAGAGGGACGCCAACGUGGUGGUGGUGGAUUGGCUCCCGCUCGCCCACCAGCUCUACACCGACGCCGUCAACAACACGCAGGUCGUCGGGAAAAGCAUCGCCGGGCUGCUCGACUGGUUGCAGGAGAACCCGCUCUUCCAGCUUGAGAACGUCCACCUGAUCGGGUACAGCCUGGGUGCCCACGUCGCCGGCUUUGCUGGUAACCACGUCCAUGGGACAAUAGGCAGAAUUACAGGCUUGGAUCCGGCUGGCCCCAUGUUUGAAGGAGUGGACCCCAGCAAGCGCCUCUCCCCCGACGAUGCCAACUUCGUGGACGUCCUUCACACCUACACGAGGGAAACGCUCGGCGUCAGCAUUGGCAUCCAGAUGCCCGUGGGCCACGUCGACAUCUACCCCAACGGGGGAGACUUCCAGCCUGGCUGCGGAUUAAGCGAUGUCUUGGGAGCAAUUGCCUAUGGGACUAUUGGGGAAGUUGUUAAAUGCGAACACGAGCGGUCUGUGCACCUCUUCGUGGACUCCCUCGUCAACCAAGACAAGCAGAGCUUUGCCUUUCAAUGUACCGAUUCCAGUCGCUUCAAGAAGGGAAUCUGCCUGAGCUGCCGCAAGAACCGCUGCAACGGCAUCGGCUACAAUGCCAGGAAAACGCGGAACAGAAGAAACAGCAAGAUGUACUUAAAAACAAGAGCUGAUAUGCCGUUCAAAGUCUACCAUUACCAGAUGAAAAUGCACGUCUUCAGCUACCAAACCUUGGGAGAGGCUGAUGUCACUUUCUUCGUCACCCUUCAUGGCACCAAUGGAGAAUCUGACCCCCUCUCUUUGGAAAUGCUUGAUCAAAUUGGCCUCAAUGCCACCAACACCUUCCUGGUCUACACGGAAGAGGACAUGGGUGAGCUUUUAAAAAUCAAGCUUACUUGGGAGGGAACGUCUCAAUCGUGGUACGACCUGUGGAAAGAGCUGAAGAGCUACUGGUACCGGCCUGCGAAGGCUCCCCAGGAACUGCACAUCAGACGGAUACGUGUGAAAUCUGGCGAGACGCAACAGAGGUUUGCUUUCUGCGUGGAGGAUUCCCAACUGACCAGUAUAACACCCGGCAAAGAGCUCUGGUUCGUCAAGUGCCCAGAAGAAUGGCAAAAAAGAUCUGUCUCAAAUUUGCUCUGAGUGCUUCUCGAAAGGCUCACAAUGGAGCAACCUGGAUGCCUGAAGACCACACGGGUGGCGAGAGGCUCUGGCAAAAUAAUCUGGCUUGGUAGCACUUAAAGCAACUGGCUCUUGAGGACAAACAUCUUGGAUCAGGUGCAAGAAACUGAGGAGCAAUUGAUGGACUGUGAUCCUAGACCUAGAACAACUCAAAUGACAUUUUCCCUUCCCCAAGGAGCCUGGUUUGUGUGUUUAACCUUCUCUUGACCUGUUACACGCUGCGUUUCUUGCCCUGCUCCUGUUAACUGGGCCUAUGGAUGAGACCCUUGGUGACU